AUGCUUGCUGUGUCGCCUUUUAGGAGCGCCAUCGAUGGAAGAGAAGGAGAGAUGGAGAAUUUCUUGAUCGGAGAUGGUGAUUUCCUUGAGUUUUCCGGUGGAAAUUUGCUUGAUAUUAUUGAUUUCGAUGACCUUUUCGUGGGCAUCAACGAUGAAGAUGUGUUGCCGGAUUUGGAGAUGGACCCAGAAAUUCUUGCUGAAUUCUCAGCUAGUGGAGGUGAGGAAUCUGAACUGAACACAUCGGUAUCGGUUGAGAAGGUUGAAGACGAUUCGGUGAAAGAGGAAGACAAUUUUUCGGGUUCAGGAUCAAGCUUGAAGCAAGGUGAAGAAAUUGUGAGCACGAGAGAUGAAUCUGUGGCAGUAAAUGGAUCGCCAAAGAAAGCUGAUAAAGGAAGAAAAACAUCAACACAAGCUAAGAAUACUCAAGGGAAGAGGAAGGUGAAGGUGGAUUGGACACCAGAGCUGCACAGGCGAUUUGUACAAGCAGUAGAGCACCUGGGAGUGGAUAAGGCAGUCCCUUCAAGAAUUCUAGAGCUUAUGGAAAUAGAUUGUCUCACUCGCCAUAACAUUGCCAGCCAUCUUCAA